AUGUUUUCAACCAGUACCCAAAAGAAAGAAUGGACAUUUUCAUCACAACAGGAUCUUUUGGAUUUAAGGAAAGCUGCAAAUGAAAAAUUCCGAGCAAAAUAUGGAACAGUAAUCGAUGAUGAUCAGAAAGAUAUUUUUUUGACACCCGAAGAAGAAACAUUAUUGAGAAGUAUUGUCACGGAAACAGGUGUUAGGUUUGCGGAUAAUUUCUCACCUGCAAUGUGGCAAUCAACUCGUUGGAUAGCAUUUGCAUAUUUUAAACGGUUCUUUCUUUAUCAUUCAACAAUGGAAUACUCACCGAAAAGUGUGAUGAUGUCUUGCUUUUAUUUGGCUACAAAAGUUGAUGAAUUCAAUAUAUCUAUCGACGAAUUUACUAGAAAUCUGAAAUCAAAUUGUGAAACGAUUUUAUCAUUCGAACCACAGAUAAUGUUGAAAUUGCGAUAUCAACUAACGGUACAUACACCGUUCCGAUCAUUCGAAGGACAUCUGAUCGAAAUGAAAACACGUUCAUUGUUAGGUUUCGAUUUGGAACAAGUUCGACCACAUGCUAACGAUUUUUUCAAGAAAUCAUUGUUCAGCGAUGUUAUGCUUCUUUAUCCUCCAUCGCAAAUUGCACUUGCUGCUUUAAAAUAUGCCUUGCAAAUGCUAGAUAAAGCAGAUGAUUUGCUAAAAGAUCAGUUUUUGAAUAAGAUGCUCGAGAUCGAUACAUGGAGGGCACAAAGCGAUGAUGUUUUAGUAUGUGAAAAAUUGGUUACCCGACUUGAUGAAAUUAUACAAUAUGUACUUGAUGGCUGUAAGCCCAUAGUGCCCGAAGCAAAUGAAGCAUUACAAAGUCGCAUGGAACGUUGGGUAAAUAUUUUUCCUGAACUGGAACGAAGAUUAUCCCUCCAAUUAGGGACUUCUAAUUCUGAUGCUGAUGAUGAUUGA